AUGACAGUCAUAAGCGCGUGCAUCAUGAGCAGGCAAAAACCUCUGCUUGCUCGCCAGUUUGUCGAGAUCUCCAAAGUUCGCAUCGAGGGCCUGAUGAAUGCUUUCCUCAAGCUCGUCGAACAUGCGGGCGCAGAUCAUACGUACGUCGAAUCGGACUGUGCGCGCUACGUCUACCAGCCUCUUGAUAAUGUGUACCUUGUUCUCAUCACCACCAAACACAGCAACAUUCUGGAGGAUCUACAAACGCUUCGCGUCUUCGCCACAAUUGUGCAGGAUGCUUGCUCCGGUGAGGGUCUGAGCGGUGGGGUGAAUGUGGAGCAAGUGGUGCUCGAGAAUGCGUUUUCGAUUAUCUUCAUGGUUGACGAGUUGAUUUCUUUCGGCCUUCGCGAGGCCAUCUCUCUCGCGCAAAUCAAGACGUUCACGGACAUGGACUCUCACGAAGAAAAGCUUCAACGUAUUAUCCAAGAGGGAAAGGAGAAGGAGGAAAAGGAGAGGCGGCGUCAGAUCGCCCAGCGCCUGGACAAAGAACGCGCCGCGAAGGCCAAACCCCCGUCCUCAGGCGACGCACCCUUCCUCGCGUCUGCCUCGCUCUUUGCGCCGACCGGUGCGCCUCCGCCUUCUGUGCCGAGUCUCGCGGCGGCGGCGGAUUACAUUCAAAUGUAUGGAGGCUCGCCCGAGCACGUGUCCGCUCUCACCUCGGGCGUCCUCGGCGUUGGCGGUUCGGGCGGCCCCGACGCAAACGCAGGCUACUCGAGCUCCUCCGGCUUCGCAGGCCUUGGCGCCUCCAAGGGCAUGCAGUUGGGGCCGCAACGCACCACCCCGCUCGCCUCGCUCGGCCUCGACGCCCGCGCACCUGCAGAGAGACAACCCGCCGUGGGGACGACUUUGGGCGCGCCGGGGACAGGCCUCGUUGAAGCGACGCGCUUGGGCGCCGCUGACGGCGCGGACGAGGCAAGCGCCUUGGCGGCUGUCGGCGGGAGCGCUGGAGGAGCCCCUGUGAUUGUCAAUCCGCUCGUCGAACCCGUCCACGCUCUGGUGGAGGAGAAGGUGAAAGGUACCCUGCAGGCCGAGGGAGGCGUCGAUGAACUCGACAUCCAGGGAACCUUCUUCGUCACUGUGUACGACCCGAGCAAGGCCGGCCUCGCAGCGUUCCGGGUGUCGCCUGAAGACAAACGGUUCAAGACCAAAGUGCAUCCGAACAUGAACCGAGCGAGUUACACGCAGAACGUGUUAGAGCUGAGAUGCCCCACGCGAGCGUACACGCCGAACGCGCCUGCGGCGAUCCUCAAGUGGCGCCUGCAAACCAAAGAUGAAAGCUUGUGUCCGUUGUCGAUCAGCUGCUGGCCUUCCGUCGCCGCAAACGGCGUCACGCUGACAAUCGAAGUGGAAGCAACCGAGCCUUCGCGGACUCUCCACGACGUUCACUUCUCCUUCACUUGCCCAUCCAACGUUCCUCACCAGAUUCUUCGCGUCGACGGCGGCGAGACGCAACACGACGGGGUGUCUCUUCACUGGCGGCUGCCGCAAAUGUCCGUGUCCGAGCUCUCGACAGCCACGCUGGAGUUUUUUGCCGCGACGAGUGUCAGCACAGUUCUCCCCUUUUCCGUCGAGAUGCACUCUAAGGAAACCAUCUGCGAGUUCGAUGUAAGCGAGAAGCGUGCAGAUGCGUUCGUCACCUUGUCGCGCGUGUUUGCCUUCGCUCUGGUGACCCUGUCCCUCGACCGUGUCUUUUUCGAGCGCAGAUGGUUUGCAGCUUGUUCCGCUUGCCAGGCAGCGGCAGCCACCAUGAGGCGACCUUUCUAUCUGUUUGCUCAGGUCCUCGAGUGUUUCCACAUGGAGAAGACAGAGCCGAUUGCGUACGCACUCACGCGGCGCACAGACUACAUGCUCACAGUUCGGGCGUGA